UGUCCUACUGUGAAUGUUGUGUUUCCAAAACAGAUUCAGAGCGUCAUUCGAUUCAAGGGGAGUGGCAGAAUAUUACCAUAAAUCCAGCGUACAUUAUUCAAAAAAGUAUUAGUGGUUUAAAGAAUCGGUUUGAAGAGUUAAAAUACAAAAUAUGGCGAAUAUUCUUGGCUUUGUAGGUGUAGGAGUUUCUGGGCUCGCACUUCUUUUUUCUAUACUGGCUAUGGGAUUGCAAUACUGGGAAACUGGAGAUCAAGGCAUGGCUGAUGUUAACAUUGGAUUGUGGGAAUAUUGUGCUGAAACAAGCCUCGCCAAAGUAUGUACUACGAUUGACUCGGAUUCAGUUACCGAUGAUGAACUAAGAAAUUACCGAGGUGUGCGCGCGACAGUAUUUCUUGGCAUACUAUUUACCACAGGUGCUAUCGUAUCAGCGAUCUUAGUGCUAUUUGUCCUGACAACCAAGAAGGUUCUGUAUUUUGUAGCGGCUGGACUUGAUGUUGCUGCAGGUCUCUUCUUGAUGAUUGCGAUGGCUGUGUAUGCGGACAAAGUGGCUCAUGAUGGAUAUGACUUUCACGCAUCUUUUGCAUUAGAUAUCAUUGCCUGGCUAGCCGCAUGGGCUGGCGGAGGAAUAUUUGUAGCAGCUAAACUUACUGAAAAGGAAUAAUUCAGUGAAAAAUAAAACAUAUCUUGCAAACAUGUCAUGUCUUAUAUCAUAGAUAGUAGUGUUGCGUAUUAACUUCGUACUAUACUAGCACCACUCUGCUGUAAUUUGUUACACGUUAUUAUUUAUUAUCCGUACUAUGUUUCGAUAUAUAUGGUUUCAAUGGUUUAGAAAAUCGAGAUUUAGAAAAAAAGUUAUUAAUUCAAUCCGUUUAGAGUUGCUUGAAAAAAUAUGUGUUGAUAAUUUAUCUUUUGUCAUUUCCUCAGAUGCAGAUGUAAAAUACCCGAAGACAAUAUUGAACAAUGGAGUAUCGAGAUCCUAUACAGAUUUGGUGUCAUUUUGCAUAGAUUUUAAAGACAUUUGAAACUAUUAAUGCAGCAAUUUUGUAAAGAUUUUUUUAUCCUAUGUUUUCUACAGGUUCACGACAACAUCUGACAUUUUUGAUCACUAUAAUAAUCGAUGUUCCUAAAUAUUGGGAUAAUGUUUUAACUAUGUGUAACUGUUGUGCCGAGUUCAGGUCAGGAAUAUGAAAAUAAGAUGGUAAUAUUUUACUUUUACUAUUAUUUACGAUUUUACUUAAUAUUGAAAGCCAGUAAUCACUUCAGAUGCUCCCAGCUUUGAAUACAGACAGUUUCCGUUGUACGACAUCUCUUCAUGGGUUCUAAUAAUUAGAGACAUAGUAUAUCAAAAUAAAAGUUACAAGUACUGAAGUAUAAUGUGAAACAGCAUUCCUAAAAAAAACUUAAAAUACAUUUUAAAUAUAUGUUGAAGUUGAACACGGCUGUUUAUUUUUAUGUCACAUGUAUAGAAUCCACUCAUUGAUAACGAUAUGAGCCGCACCAUGAGAAAAACAAC